UCUAGCAAAUGAUUAUAUAAUAACAUAUUGUGAUUUGUGAAUAUAAAAUUGUUGAACGAAACGAAAAUUUGUAUGCAUAAAAAAUGUAUCAUUUCCAGAUCAACAAGAAAUUAUUGCCAAUGAAAAUGCAUUAUUUUUUAGCCAUGGCUGGAUUAGCUCCAAUAAUACCAUUCAUGUCAACAAUGUCAAGGCAAAGAGGCUAUUCUACAGUCAUUGUCAGUUUAAUCUUCACAAUUCUUCCACUACCAGCAUUAUUGGUACGACCAGCCAUCGGUGUAAUUACAGAUAAAUACAAAUGCUUCAAGUCGGCGAUUAUUUUGAAUAUAGUAGUCAUAAGUAUAUCUACAAGUAUGCUGAUGUUCAUACCCGGUUCGGUCGUCAAAACAGAAAUCGACGACGAGAAUGUGAUCAAAUCACCGCUGUUUUGGUUAUUUUUCAGCACAAUAAUUUUACUCAAUGCAAGUGUCAGUGCAAGAACUAAUUUGGAAGACACGAUUUGCAUUAAUUUAUUAGAUGAGGACAAAACUAAAUACGGCCUUCAGAGGAUGUGGGGCGCAAUUGGUUGGGGCAUCAUGUCUAUUGUAUCUGGUGUGUGUGUAGACUGGUUCAGUAAAGGACUAGAAUACAAAAACCAUACACCUGGUUUCAUUAUUUCGUUGAUAUGUUAUCUUUUAGAUUUAUAUGUAGUGUCAAGAAUUACGAUGAACGUUCAAAACAGCGAGAGUCAAAUUGGACCUGAUAUUAAAAAAGUAUUGACUAAUAUUAAAGUAGUAUCAUUUUUUUUAUGGGUUGUGGCAUAUGGAAUGCUACUUUCAAUUGUAUGGUAUUUUUUAUUUUUGUAUCUGGAAGACUUGUCGAACAUUUACCAUCCUGAAAUGAAACCUUAUAUAAAGACUCUUCAAGGAUUAUCGUUGACGAUCCAAUGUUUCGGUGGAGAAGUUCCAUUUUUCUUUCUGUCAAAAUUUAUCAUUAAACGUAUGGGUCAUAUGAACGUGUUCUCUUUGAUGUUCUUAACGUUCGCUUUCAGAUUCUACUUAUAUUCCAUAAUCACAAAUCCCGUUUGGGUUUUACCAGUCGAAUUGUUGAAUGGUAUAACGUUGGCAUUGGCGUACUCGGCAACUAUAUCUUAUGCAGGGGACUUGGCUCCAGAUAACGCCAAAGGAACACUUCAAGGGGUGGCCGGAAUGGCAGUAAUGGGUAUAGGAGCACCCAUUGGUUCUUUAAGUGGUGGUUAUCUCUUUAAUCGUUUCGGAAGUAUUACUUCAUUCAAAUUGUUAAGUGGUGUUGCGUUAGCAAUAUGUAUUAUUCAAACAAUUGUAAAUCAAUUGAUAAAUCGAAUUUUAAAAAAUGACAGUGUUAAAAGAGAAGAGUCUAAUUAGUAAAUUAAUAAUUUUAAGUAGAAAUAAACGCUAAUGACAAUCCUAAAUGCAGCUGUGAAUUAUAUUUUGGUAAUUUUGUAUUAAAAUUAUUGAUAAACAUUAAAUUGUAGAUAUAGGAAUAUCAUUAAAGCUGUGGUGAAUAUUACAAUAUUAUACAUGAAGGUGGGUAAGUUUUUAUCUGAUUUCCACUGGGCAAUAAGUACUAAAAAAAUUAAAAAAUUAAAUAUCUAUUUAUAUGUAUUACAUAUAGUAUUAAAGCUUUGCUUUUUUGGGAGUGUCAUGUAUACUGUAAAUUUUAUAUAUUAUUGUAAGCUAAUCUUUUAUGACAAAAUAUUAUGUUAUUAUUAUUAUAAUUAUUAAAUGCAAUAUUAAUUUCAAUUACAUUUUGGCCGAAAAGAGGGCUGCCCGGUGUGUCACUGUCAUUCAGUGUUGAAUGGUAUUAAAAGUUUUUAUUUUUUUUUGUCUUGAGAUUUAUUUAGUUUUCUUCAAAGAAAAAUUAUGAAUAUAUAGAACAGUCCCACACCUUAUGUGAUAUCAGUCUACUUAGUCUAAGUAUAAAUUGGACAAGAUUUUUAUACUUAAUUUACUACCAAAAAGCUAAGUUGAACUAAAUUGCAUAUAGGAUUAAUAAUAACAAUAUUGUAGUAGUAGUAUUAUAAAACGUGUUGACAAAAUUUCAUUUUUUUUUUUGGUACUUAAUAAAUAUAUUAUAUUAUUUGACUCCGUAAUAGUUAAGACCAAUGAUAAACAAACCGAUAAAUCUAAUUGGAUGAUAUGAUAAUAUUUGAUAUUCUGGUUAAAUAUUAUCGUGCUCAGAUUUAACGGGUUGAAAUAAUUAGUUAUAUUUUAGUUUAAAAAAAUUAGUUAUCUACUUAAAUUAUUAAAUUUGACGAUUGUAAUAUAA